GUAAAGGUACUGGGACCGAGGUAGAACGGAACUCCCUGUUCUCGCGGGAGCUAGAGGCGGGACUGCCACGUCCGAGCAGACCGGCAAAGGAGAGGAUCCCGGAGCCGGUGAGAAUUCCCUGUUUUUCCCUACCGUCCUUUUCAGGCCUUUUUCUUCAUUUAGUGGGUCAUAGAGACGAGGGCGCAGAGAGUCCAUAUAGUGGAGGAUCAAAGCCUAGACUGGUGUCCCGGAGGCCCUGCAUCAGGGAUGGGGCUCCGGAUAAAGAAAACGAGUCUUGGGAACAAUGUGGGUGGGGACAGGAUGGAAUGGGGAAGCAGCCCAUAGAAGUGGACGGAGAGCGCGAACGGAGUAGAGCGGACCCCGCAUAGGUAUAGAGUUGAGGGUCAAGUGGAAUCACUAUCUCUGUCCCUCUGGUCAGCGUGAUGGCCAGAGGCCUGGGGGCCCCCCACUGGGUGGCCGUGGGACUGCUGACCUGGGCGGCCUUGGGACUGCUAGUGGCCGGACACGGGGGUCAUGGCGACCUGUACGAAGACCUGCACGAGGACUUCCAGGGCCACAGCCACAGGCACUCACAUGAGGAUUUCCACCAUGGACACAGCCAUGCCCCUGGCCACACUCACGAGAGCAUCUGGCAUGGGCAUACCCACGGUCACGACCAUGGACAUUCGCAUGAGGAUUUGCCCCAAGGCCAUAGUCAUGGCCACUCUCAUGAGAGCGUCUACCACCGAGGACAUGGACAUGAUCAUGAGCACAACCAUGGAAUCUAUGAGGAGUCUGGGGCUCCAGGCAUCAAACAGGAGCUGGACACUGUCACUCUCUGGGCCUAUGCACUGGGGGCCACAGUGCUGAUCUCUGCAGCUCCAUUUUUCGUCCUCUUCCUUAUCCCCGUGGAGUCAAACUCCCCUCGGCACCGCUCUCUGCUCCAGAUCUUGCUGAGUUUUGCUUCGGGUGGGCUCUUGGGAGAUGCCUUCCUGCACCUCAUCCCUCAUGCUCUGGAACCUCAUUCUCACCACCCUCUGGAGCAGCCUGGACAUGGACAUUCCCACAGUGGCCAGGGCCCCAUUCUGUCUGUGGGACUGUGGGUCCUCAGUGGAAUUGUCGCCUUUCUUGUGGUGGAGAAAUUUGUGAGACAUGUGAAAGGAGGACAUGGACACGGACAUGGACACGCUCACGGUCACACACAUGGAAGACAGGGGCGUCCUUCAAAGGAGAAACAGAGCUCGGAGGAAGAAGAAAAGGAAGCAGGGGGGUCGAGGAAGAGCAGAGGAGGGAGCACAGGGCCCAAAGACAGGCCAGUGAAACCUCAGAACUCUGAAGAGGAAAAAGCAGGUUCAGACCUACGUGUAUCAGGGUACCUGAAUCUGGCUGCUGACCUGGCACACAACUUCACAGAUGGUCUGGCCAUUGGUGCUUCAUUUCGAGGAGGUCGGGGACUGGGGAUCCUGACCACAAUGACUGUUCUGCUACAUGAAGUGCCCCAUGAAGUCGGGGACUUUGCCAUCUUGGUGCAGUCUGGCUGCAGCAAAAAGCAGGCGAUGCGUCUACAACUACUGACGGCAAUAGGGGCACUGGCAGGCACAGCCUGUGCCCUCCUAACUGAAGGAGGGGCAGUGGGCAGUGAAGUUGCAGGUGGCACAGGUCCUGGCUGGGUUCUGCCAUUCACUGCAGGUGGCUUUAUCUACGUAGCAACGGUGUCAGUGUUGCCUGAGCUGUUGAGGGAGGCAUCACCAUUGCAAUCACUUCUGGAGGUGCUAGGGCUGCUGGGGGGAGUUGUCAUGAUGGUGCUGAUUGCCCACCUUGAGUGAGAGGUGGGGUAAACCAGCCCCACCUCAGCCCCAAACCUCUAGCCUCUAAACCCUCCAGGUCAGGGGUCUGUGGAAGUUGGGGGCCCUGGCCUUGGACAUCUGCCAAAGGAGGGAGUUGUAUCCUAGGGAGGUGGCGACUUUGUCUUGAAAGCUAUCAAGAUUUGGCAGUCUUAAAGGGGCUGCAGAGGUGAGAAUGACAGCCCAGAGGGACCAUAGUGUUGGGUAUGUGCUGACCAUGUUGUUGGGUUUGGGGGCUAAGUGGGGCCAUGAAGAAGGCUGGAAGAGAGAGGAGUCAUGGCAGCCUACCCCAUAUCCCCCACCCCCCCCAUUCACAGAGGACCAAGCUGCCACACUCUGGCUUCUCCAGGGUCCACCUCCCUCUCUCCCACCGGUUGGUGGAAACUCCAGGGAAGACCAGAGCCCUGAAGUGGGUAGCAAGUCGGGGAUAAACGUCAAUCGUGUGUCCUGAUUUGGGAGUGAUUGGGGGGGGGGGGGUCUAGUUGCUACUCUCAUGGCCUGAUUUUUUUUUGUUUGUAUUCUUUUAUAUCACUGUUUGAAUGGAGGAGGAGGGGUGGUGACUGGAAAUAAAAUCCUUGAAUCUUCUGCUCCA